AUAUUUAAACUCUCAGAUUUUGGGGGAAACGAGAAAAAAAGGAAAUUAUACUCCACAAAAUUCACAUUUAAUUGCCAGAGAUCUUUGCACCAAAUGUCGAAAUCGCCAUGGGGAGUCGGCGCCUGGGCCGCCGAGGCCGAGAGGGAGGAGGCCGAGCAGCGCGAGGCUGAGGAGAAGGCCGCCGCUGCGGCGGCGGCGGCGCCCGCGGCCAGCUUCCCUAGCCUCAAGGAAGGUGUCAGCACCGCCAAGCAGAAGAAGAAGACCAAAAUGUCACUCCAGGAAUUUAGGGUUAUGCCUUCUCAGGGCCGCGGACUGACGCCGGAGGAAAUGCUCCGCCUCCCCACAGGGCCCAAGGAGCGCUCCGCGGAGGAAAUGCAGUACGGCAGAUUGGGCGGCGGCUUUUCCAAUUACGGCUCCAGCGGCCCUAAUUCGGGUCGGAGGGAGUUUGAGGGCCGGAGAUCUUACGGAUUUGAGGAUGAUGGGCGGAGGGGGCCUCCGCAGCAAUCUAGGGUUUCGGAAUUCGAUCAGCCUUCGCGUGCUGACGAGGUGGAUAAUUGGGCGUCGAUGAAGAAGCAAACGAUCCUACCCGAUCACGAUUCGCGUGAAUCCCGGGCUGGGGGUAAGUACACCUCACUUGGGGGAAGCAGCGGCGGAGCAUCGCGCGCCGAUGAAGUGGACAAUUGGGCGUCUAUGAAGAAGCCUGUUUCACAGCCGCAGCAGGCGAGAAAUUCGAGCUUUGGCUCGGGCUUUUCGAAGCCCGAGACUGAUCGUUGGACCCGUAAUGAGAGCUUUGGGUCUGGAGUCUCAAAGCCUGAAUCCGACCGGUGGGGGGGUCGGAGUGAGCAAAAUCCAAGCUUGAGUUUGAGUUCACUUAAAAUUGAGGAUGGGGAUGCGGUGAAGGUUAACAAGCCGAAUCCGUUUGGGGCGGCCAGGCCGAGGGAGGAAGUGCUGGCUGAGAAAGGUUUGGAUUGGAAGAAGCUGGACUUGGAGGUUGCAGAGAAGAAACACUCGGUUAGUGGUGGGAGUAGGCCCUCAAGUUCUCACUCGACUGGUCUGGAGUCUCCGCAGGUGAGCGGGUCAGAGGCACCUCCUGCAUUGGGCGGAGCUGGUGAAGCUAUAGUGAGGCAGAAACCUAAAGUAAAUCCGUUUGGGGAUGCUAAGCCUAGAGAAGUUCUGCUGGAGCAGAAGGGCUUGGAUUGGAAGAAGAUUGAUCUUAAGCUGGACAGACGUGUGGACAGGCCUGAGACAGAAGAAGAGAAGAAUUUGAAGGAAGAAAUCGAGCAACUGAAAAAAGAAUUACCGCAAAAAACUGGUGAAGAAGAAGCUGGCGUGCAAGACCAAAUACAUAAAAAAGAGCAGGAGUUGGAACUUCUGGUCUCUCAGUUGGAUGACAAAGUUCGCUAUAGUCAGAGAAAUUUCGAGAGGCAAAGCCCCGGGGCGGUUCGGGGUGCUGGAUUUAAUGAUAGACCUCCUUCUCGAACCGGAUUUAAUGAGGGCAGAUCCGGCUUUCAUGACCGACCUCCUUCUGCGCCUGGACAAUAUGAGGAACCUAGAGCAGGCUAUCAAGAGAGACCUCGAUCUCGUCCAGGUGCAUAUGAGGAUUCAAUAGCUGGCUUUGCUGAGAGACCUCCUUCUCGACCAGGGGCACAUGAUGAUCCCCAAGCUGGGUUACAUGAAAGACCCCGUUCGAGGCAGGGAUCCUAUCAAGAUACCAGAUCUUCCUAUUCUCAGAGAGCUUCUUAUGCAGAUGGAGCAUAUCAAGAUCCCAGAGCUCUUGAUGGCAAUGAGAGGCCUCAUUCGCGUGGCUCUGUAAAUCCAUGGGCGAGACCAAGUGACGACAGAAGAUAUAUUCAAGGAAGUGGAGGCAGAGGAUUUUCAGGUGGUAGAGAUGUCAACAGGUCAGGGUCGAGGUGGUGAACUCCUGCACGAGAUUCUCCCAGGACUCGAUUUCUUCCAGUUGUCCUUUUGCUCGCUCUCUAACUAGUUAGAUGCAAUAAUACAUUGGCACCCCUAUUCAUCAUUUCAUGAUUUUUGCUGUGCGGAAUGGAGCUGGAAUAUCUAAAUUCUGACAACAUACAACUCUUGCAUUAAUUGUUGUUGCAUCUUGAUGAUGUGUAAAAUUCUCAUUUCCCCCCCUUUUCAUUUCUUUCUAUCCUUUUGUAGUGGGAUCAAGUUUCCAUAUUCUCCAAAAAAGGGACAUUGUAAUGCACAACACUGCCCUGGUUUUUGGUCUUACUCUGUUUUUACCUCGGAAUAUAUUUGUUUGUGUACACUCUAUUCCUGCCUUAAUCCUAUGUUGUUUGACAAUUCUUA